AUGGCAAAGAAAAUAUCAAAGAACUCUAGAGCUGCUAGGCAGUCGGAUGCUUUUGAUCCCGAAGUAAAAGAUUUAAGUGAACUACCUAGAGCUGAGAAAACAGACUUGACCAAUAUUUUGAUUAGAACAGCUGCCAAGAAUGAAGCAUUAUUGGAAGCAAAAAUUUCUAAGAAAGCUAACAAAAGUAAGAGGGGCAAAAAGAUAAAUAAAAAGGUUUUGGAAGACAAACUGGCUAAUUCCAUCUCAUCCAUGGACAAAGAUCGUUUAGUGAAGGCAUUAAAUUUCACUAAUCGUUUGGAUGGUAAGAUUGCAAAGUCUAUAUCUCGUGCCAAGUACAUUCAAAAUACAAGAAAGGCUGGCUGGGAUAGCACCAAUGAAACUAUAAAGAAAGAGCUGGCAUUUUUGAGCGGGGGUUUAUCAGUGGGUGUAAAAAGGGUGACUGGAGGUGACGCUAGCAAUGAAGACGAAGAGGCUCCAGAAGUAUUUGACUCGUUAGCAGAAGAGAAGAUAAUACAGAAAGCUCCUGCUAACAGAUUUGGUGUCUUGCCAGAUGAUGUUGAAGAAUAG